AUGUUGUAUCGAUCGCUUCUCGGCUUGGCUGCAGGGCUGCAGGUUGCGGUCGCGACCAACAGCACGAUUGACCCGGCUGCGUUCAACAAGGCCGACAUCAUCGACCGCGAUGUCGCGGUGAUCGGCGGUGGCUCCGCAGGCACAUACGCAGCCAUCCGCCUGCGCCAGCUGAACCAGUCUGUCGCUGUUGUCGAGAAGAAGGACCGACUCGGUGGCCAUACGGAGACAUAUGUCGAUGCAGUGACAGAAACAGCCGUGGAUUACGGCGUGCUCUACUAUGAAAACACCACCGUGGUGACGGACUAUUUCGCCCACUUCAAUAUCCCCCUUACCACUGUCUUUGCCAGUGGCCACUACUCCAACCGUGUCGACUUCACCACGGGAAAGCCGGCUGGUGCUCCUCAAGGCAACCAGAGCGCCGCAUUGGCUCUGUAUGCAGCCCAGCUGCAGAAGUACCCGUAUCUGGAUGCGGGCUUCGAUCUGCCUGAUCCCGUGCCAGAGGAUCUGCUGCUUCCUUUUGAAGACUGGGUGAAGAAGCACAAUCUGGGCGAUGCCGUUAACGUCAUCACGAUGUACAACCAGGGUGUUGGCAACCCGCUGAAGCAGUCGACCAUCUACAUGCUCAAGUAUUUCGGUCUUGAGGUGCUCAAGGGCAUCAAGGGUGGUUUCCUGCAGACUGCCGCCCAUGACAACAGCCUGUUGUAUCUGGCGGCCAAGAGUGAAUUGGGCCAUGAUGUCUAUCUCCAGAGCACCGUCAAGGCCGUGAAUCGAAGCAACAGCAGGAACCCGCUGAACUACGUCGUGAUCAACACGCCUGCUGGCGAGAAGCUCAUCCGCGCCAAAAGGAUCAUCGUCGCCGUUCCCCCCAAGGUCAGCAACCUCAACAGCUUUGAUCUCGACCACACCGAGCGCUCCCUGUUCAGCCAGUUCCGCAACUCCUACUACUACUCCAUUCUGGCCAAGAACACCGGCAUCCCCGAGGGCCUCACUCUCACCAACCGUGGAAACAACACGCUGUACAACACCCCCCGUUUGCCGGGCAUCUACACUGUCAGACCGACGCUAGUUUCCGGCCUCGUCUCCAUCCUCUAUGGCAGUGAAAAGCCCCUGACCGAGCAGCAGGUCAAGGACGACAUCACCAAGAGUGUGCUGCGACUGCGAAACUCCGGCUACAACACCACUACACCCGAGUAUGUCCAAUUUUCCGACCACAGUCCAUUUGAGCUCGUCGUUCCGGCGAAUGCGAUCCGGGAUGACUUCUACAAGGAGCUGUAUGGCCUGCAAGGACAUCGCGACACGUUCUACACCGGCGCUGCAUGGCAUGUGCAGGACUCGUCGCUGAUCUGGAGGUUUACCGAAAGCCUGCUCCAGAAGCACUUUGCUUAA